UGUAAUUUUAUUGCGGGUUGCGGGGUGCAAUGCAAGUGACGUUUUGUAUUUUAUAAUUAAUAUUAAGUUUUCUUAAAUAAAAACAAAUAAAAAUGGGUAGAUCUAGGUCUAGAAGUCGGUCUCCUAGAAAGCAUCACAAAAGUAAACAUCAUAAACGAAGCAAAUCUAGGGAGAGAAGUUCUAGUUGUCAGAAAAAUUAUAAAAAUGCAGAGAGAAUCGAAAGAACUGAUAAAAUAAAAGAUAAGAGUAUUAAAACAAGAAAAAGGUCCCAUUCUACAUCUUCAACAUCUAGCAGUGAAGCUUCUAUAGAUUUAACAAAAAAUGACAGACAUUCUAGUAAAAAGCAUAAAUCAAGAAAAAUGGAUGAAGUAGAACGUUUGGCAGAAAUGGAAAGACAAAGGCGACAAAGGGAAGCCGAACAAAGACUAAUUGAAGAAGAAACAGCAAAAAGAAUAGAGGAGCUUGUGAAAAAAAGAGUUGAAGAAGAAUUGGAAAAAAGAAAAGAUGAAAUUGAAAGGGAAGUUACUAAAAGAGUUGAAGAAGCCAAGAGAAUAAUGGAAAAACAAUUAAUGGAAGAUCUGGAGAGAAGACGUGAAAAACAAAGAGAAGAAGAAAAACGCAGAGAGGAAGAAGAACGGAAAAAGCAGGAAAUGGUGGAAAAAAUUUUAGAAGAAAAUCAAAAGAAAAUCGAGGAAGCCCAAAAGAAAUUGGCAGAAGAACGGUUAGCGAUGGUGGAGGAACAAAGGAAAAUAGAUGAGGAAAGGCAGCGGCUGAGGAAAGAACAGGAGAAAAGGACGAAAGAAGAACAGAAAAAGAUAUUAGGCAAGAACAAUUCGAGGCCUAAACUAUCUUUUUCUUUAAAACCAGUUAUUUAGCUAGUAUUAGUGUAUAGUAUGUGAAGUGGACAAUUACAAACAUUGUAUUAAUACAUGAAAUAAAAGAACCUUUCAUAUGAA